UCUCUCUUUCCCUUUACCUUUCCCUUCCUGGCAUUUGCCUUGCCUUAUUUAAAAAGUUAAAGCACAAGGUCCCGUGUCACUUAUUAUUUUCUUUCUUGCAUAUACAACACAAGUUUUCAAAGAAAACCCACCAACGGAUCCUGCAUUUGACGCGUAAAGUGAGAUUCUUUUUUAAUUUGAGGAUUGGAAAUGGCAACGGCAACGGCAACGGCUGCUGAGGUUUACGGUACACCGUCUGAUGAGGAGUUGCAUGUUCUUGCUGUUGAUGACAGUUAUGUUGAUCGUAAGGUUAUUGAAAGGUUGCUCAAGGUGUCGGCUUGUAAAGUCACGGCUGUGGAAAGUGGAAUAAGAGCUCUGCAAUAUCUGGGAUUGGAUGGAGGGAAGAGCUCGGUUGAUUUUGAUGCUCUGAAGGUGAAUCUGAUCAUGACUGAUUACUCUAUGCCUGGGAUGACUGGUUACGAACUGCUCAAAAAGAUCAAGGAAUCAUCAGCUUUCAGAGAAAUCCCAGUUGUGAUAAUGUCAUCUGAAAAUAUUCUGACUCGUAUUGACAGGUGUUUGGAAGAAGGUGCAGAGGAUUACAUAGUGAAGCCUGUAAAACUAUCUGAUGUUAGAAGGCUAAAAGAAUUCAUAAUUAAAGGGGAAUUAGAGGAAAAUUCCAAGACAAGACAUCAGAAGAGGAAGCAAAGGGAUGAGGAUCAGCCCUCAUCUUCAUCAUCAUCAUCAUCAUCAUCAUCAUCAUCCUCGCCAACAACUUCACUAUCAUUCUUGCAGUUGCCUGCUGGUGAUGAUGCAUCAUCUUCCGACCCACCAUCUUCUCCAUCAUCACCGCUUAGUCAGCCGGAGCUCCUACUGGGUAGUCCCUCCAAGCGGUCUAAAUUGCUUGACAGAGACUGAUAUGAGUGGCAAAGAUUUGCCGUUUAUUGUCUAUAAUCAGUAGUUUACUCACAACCCCCAAGUAGAAGAUUAGUUUUGUUUUAUUUAUGUGUGUAGUCUGGCCUACAUACAUGCUGACUUGAAAGUUUAAUUAGAACCAAAUAAAAAGGUGAAAAUUAUGUAAGAAAUGUAAAGAAAAUCUUCUUGUACGUUUUGUGGGAGAUGAAAACUUAAUUGAAAUCAGUGAAAUCCCAAAUGUGAGGGGAUAAAUUAAUUUAUCAUCCUUGGGUUCCUUAAUCUCGGUAUUUGGUACU